CACUCCCUCUCUGAAAUCUAGAGACAAUCUGCAAGCACUCAACACCGGCACAGAACUCUGUUAGCAGGGAAGACUGAGGUAGUUGGAGAGAGAGAGAGAGGUUUGGAGAGGUAAAGUGCAGAUGAAAAGUUUGGAUGGGAAGAAAAAAAACAAGACACAAAUAGUAAAAAAAGUUGAAGAGGAGAAAGAGAAAAAAGAAGAAGAAGAAAAGGCGAGGAUUUGAAAAGUGAGUUGUGGAGAGUGAACUAACAAUGGGCUCCCCAGUGUGCUGUGCUGCUGCUGUAGUUGUCUCACUACUGGGUCUCCUCUUCUAUAGUCCCCCUGUAUGGGGCCAGGAGCUACAGGAGAGGGACGCUCUGUGCAACGAGGACGGCUGCUUCGUGGUCUACUUUCAGCGCAAGACCUUCCUGGACUCCUGGAGGAGUUGCAAGGAGAAGGGAGGCAACCUGGCCACAGUCAAACUCCAAGAGGGGGCUGACACUAUCGCUGCUCUCUUCUCCAGCGUGGAGCUACGGGGCCCCAGAACCAAGGUCCGGGUGUGGAUUGGUCUCCAGAGACAGCCUCGCCAGUGUACCGCCUCUCGCCCUCUCCGUGGGUUCUCCUGGAUUACAGGUGACCAGGAUACCCAGUACACCAACUGGCUGAGGGACGACUCACCCAGUACCUGUUCGGCCCCGCGCUGUGUGGUUAUGACCUAUGGCACAGCCGCCCACGAGCAGCAUGAUAAUUUUAAAUGGCUGGACGGCUCGUGUUCGGUGCCCGUGGAUGGCUACUUGUGCCACUACACCUACAAGGGCAUGUGCCCGGCUAUUUGGAGCGAGGGGGGCGGCAAUGCCCUCUAUAGUACCCCCUUCAGUCUCCUCAGUAGCCUCCUUACCCACGUGCCCUUUGGAUCUGUAGCCACGGUGCCCUGCCCGGGGGGCACAGAGGAGGAGCAGUCAGUGCUGUGUAUGCUGAGGGAGGAUGGCACUGUGGGGUGGUCCAGGGAGACGCCCCUCUGCUCCGACACCACAGAGAAGAGCUGGUGUGAUCGGGACAAUGGAGGCUGCGAGCAUUUCUGCCAGGAGGCCAGGGAACACUACUACUGUGAGUGCUCGGACGGCUUUCAGCUCGGUGACGACGGGCAGACAUGUGUUGCUGUCGACCGGUGCCACAGUGCCCCCUGCGAGUUCGAAUGCCUUCCGCUGUCGGACGGCUACCGCUGUGCCUGCCCCGAAGGCUACAUGCUGGCCCCGGAUGAGCGUGGUUGCCUGGAUGUAGAUGAGUGCCUGCAGAGUCCCUGCGAGCAGCUGUGCGUCAACGCCCCGGGUACCUUCGAGUGCCGCUGCCGCCAGGGCUACCGGCCGGACCAGGAGGGCGACUGCGAGGACGUGGAUGAGUGCAUGGAGGACCCCUGUGAGCACGCCUGCGAGAACACGCCUGGCUCCCACAUCUGCCACUGCCACCUGGGCUUCUCCCCCCUGCCCGAGGACCCCUCCCACUGCCAGGACACCGACGAGUGUCAGAUCCCUGGGACAUGUCAGCAGAUGUGUGUGAACUACGAGGGGGGCUUCGAGUGUUACUGCGAGGUGGGCUACGAGCUACUCUCUGACCAAUUCUCCUGCAGGAAGAUAGGGGAGGACUCACCCACCACAGUCACGCCCUCGUACCCCUGGGUCACCCGCCAACCCGGUUCCAAGUGGGACCCCCAGCAGACCUACACCGACUGGCCCCUGGAGGAGGAAGAGUCCCUGGACUGGCUCACAGACCCUCCCAGGCUGGAAAGUGACAUCAUCUGGGUCACCAGUGCACCCCAGGAGGAGCCAGUCCUAAACCACAACCCAUUCCUGCCCCCCCCCACGGAAGAGACCGAUGAGGAGGAGGAAGAAGAGGAGGAGGAGGAAGAAGAGGAGGAGUAUACACCUGGCUGGGACAUCAUGAAUUGGAAUGUCCCAGCCAAGGUCCAGCCAGAGUUGAAACCCACACCCAGUCUCUCUCCCAGCCCCACAUCCGACACAAUCCCCACCCCAACUCCCACCUCUGACAGGUAUUGGUUUGAGGAGGAUGAGGAAACCACUACCAGUCCCUCAGUCCUCCCCACCUCCACUAUCUCGGGAGGGGCCUGGAACUGGUUCUGGAUCAGUUCCACCCCCACCAGCCAGGACCAAGGACUUACCACAUGGCAGGAGCCAAUCACUGACCAGUAUGUCCCCGCAUCCAACUAUGAUGAAGCUGAUGAGAAUGAAGAAGUGGGGGUAAUUGACGAUGUGUGGGUGACAUCCCCCCCAGAGAUGGACCAGGACCCAGGCCAGCACAUCCCCUCCCUGCCUUCUCCCCUGGCUCCUCAAACCCCCCUCACACCCGACCAGGGCGUGGUGGAGGUGGAGAGGGAGGAUGAGAGGGGGCCGCCCCAGGAGGACGUGGUGGAGGUGGAGGAUGAGAGGGGGCCGCCCCAGGAGGACGUGGUGGAGGUGGAGAGGGAGGAUGAGAGGGAGCCGCCCCCGGAGGACGUGGUGGAGGUGGAGGGGGAGGAUGAAAGGGGGCCGCCCCAGGAGGACGUAUUGGAGGUGGAGGGAGAGGAUGAGAGGGGGCCGCCCCAGGAGGACGUGGUGGAGGUGGAGGGGAAGGAUGAGAGGGGGCUGCCCCAGGAGGAUGUGGUGGAGGUGGAGGGGGAGGAUGAGAGGGGGCCGCCCCAGGAGGACGUGGUGGAGGUGGAGGUGGAGGGGGAGGAUGAGAGGGGGCCGCCCCAGGAGGACGUGGUGGAGGAGGAGGUGGAGAGAAAGGGCGAGAGGGGGCCGCCCCAGGAGGACGUGGUGGAGGUGGAGGGGGAGGAUGAGAGGGGGCCGCCCCAGGAGGACGUGGUGGAGGUGGAGGGGGAGGAUGAGAGGGGGCCGCCCCAGGAGGACGUGGUGGAGGUGGAGGUAGAGGGGGAGGAUGAGAGGGGGCCGCCCCAGGAGGACGUGGUGGAGGUGGAGGGGGAGGAUGAGAGGGGGCCGCCCCAGGAGGACGUGGUGGAGGUGGAGGUGGAGGGGGAGGAUGAGAGGGGGCUGCCCCAGGAGGACGUAGUGGAGGUGGAGGUGGAGGGGGAGGAUGAGAGGGAGCUGCCCCAGGAGGACGUAUUGGAGGUGGAGGUGGAGGGGGAGGAUGAGAGGGAGCCGCCCCAGGAGGACGUAUUGGAGGUGGAGGGGGAGGAUGAGAGGGAGCCUCCCCAGGAGGAUGAGAGUAGCCAGAAGCAGGAUGGUGCCAACUGGCUGCUGGUAGGCCUCCUGGUGCCCCUUUGUAUCUUCAUCGUGGUGAUGGUGGCACUGGGCAUCGUCUACUGCACCCGUUGCGCUGUCACACCACGCAACAAGUCCGCCACCGACUGCUACCAUUGGAUCUCUGGGGCGCACGACAAGCAGGGAGCGCUCAAUCCCAGCAAGGGGAUGCAGUCACAUGUUUAAACAGACGAAAUGAGGAAA